AUGAAGCUUCCCAUCCUCGUCGCUCUUUCUCUGGCCUGCACCGCCAGCUGUUUCCCUGUCUUCAACGAUGUUUCCAAACGUCUCCUAUUUGAAUCCGGCCAUCAAGCCGCAUCAGCCGAUGCAUUCGGGGGCACCACACACACGUUCCAAACCAACGCUCCUGUUGUUAGCGGCUCUGGCAACUCCGUCACUACGGGUGGGGCGCAGUCGUCCCAAGCAGAUGCCACCGGUGGCAGAGUGGAUCAAACCCUGGAGCAGGUGGAAAAGUUUUUCGGACUGUCCAAGCGUCAACCGCUGCUCAACGAAGCGGUGGAAAUGGCGCAAACCGUCAAGGACGCUUUCCGCUUUAACUCGGAGACUCAUCCCGGCGGUGCAAGUGCAGGUAUGGGGUUCAAGUUCCCACCCGAGAAACGCCUGCUUGCGAGCGGAGGAGGUAUGGAUCAAAUGGAUCCGGUGGGGAUGCUGGCAAAGGCAUUCGACAUGUUCGAGAAACCCCUUCAAGGCAUCGAACCGGGCUUCGUAAAGCGUCUCCUCGCCCAUGCGGAGGAGGAUGCACGUGCAGAUGCAGACGCAGGUGCAGGGUUCGAGUGCCAAGCUAAUGCACCUGUCGUUAGCGGUAGUGGAAACUCGGUCACCGUUGCAGGAGGACAGAUGGAACAUGCCGAUGCAGAGGGCGGAAGCAUUGCACAGGAGAUCAAACAGUCGCUCGGUUUGCGUCGUCGCCACCACAGAUCGCACGCUCGCAACGGCGGCAACUGA